AUGGAGAACCACGCAGUUCCUCAGGUCGACGAGUCCGACCAGCGCGCUUCGAAGCGUCUUAAGGUGGACGAUUCCACGACGCAGGCCGAGGCACCCGUCGUCGAUGCCCCGAAGGAGGUGCAGGCUGCAAAGGAGGAGCGUGUCGCCGUCGACGAGGCCACGAAGCGCGUAGAGCCUGUUUCAUCAAAGGAGGAUGGUGAGAAGGCGACGCCUGCUGCGACCAACGGAGCCCCGGCUGCUUCUGCCGGCGAGGCUGAUGUUGCUAUGAGCGAUGCUCCUGCUCCGGCCCAAAAGGAGACCACGGAAGGAACUGCUGGCACACAGAACGGCGAUGCGCCUGCCGCGAAGAAGACGGACGACAGAGACAGGCAACGCGGCUGUGCCCCCAUCAAGGCUGAGUUCCUCAUCCACAAGGAUAGCCAGCCAAAGGAGGCAGAGGAGAUGGUCGACGAUGAUGACGCCGCCGAGGGCCGUGGCCAGGACGACCAGCAGAAGGGCGACAAGAGAGACGGCAGGGACAGCCGCGAUAAGAAGAAGCGUGAGAAGCGCGAGAAGGGCCAGAACAAAGAGCGCAGCUUCGGCCACUUCGACGAUGCCCUCCGUCUCUGCAACAGCCGCGCCUACACACCCGAGUUCUCCCCGCGUGAGUGCAGGUUCGGCGACAGAUGUAACCUAGUCCACGAUCUGCGCAAGUACCUUAAGGAGGGCCGCCGUGAGGACCUGGCGACUUUUGACGGCAAGUGUCCCGUUUUUGAGGAGUGGGGUAUUUGCCCCUCCGGCUGGAAGUGUCGCUUCGUCAAGAGCCACAUGAAGGAGGUUGAGCACGAGGACGGCCGCAAGGAGCUUGUUCUCGUUGAGGAGCCCAAGAAGACGAGCGGCGAGGCACCUGUUGAGACUGGACGUGAGGAUUUGCGGCCUGGCGUCUACAACAACACUGAGAACCAGCUUAAGAUUGAUCUCAGCCGCAAGCGCGUUGACUUCACCGAAACGGACAAGUACAUCACCUGGAUGAACAAGGACACGAGACUGAAUGACCAGUUCCAUCAACGCCGCAAGGACCAGGUGAUUGGCAGCAACGACGACCUGCGCGCGCAGUACGUCGAGCCGCCCCUGAAGCCGUCUGAGAAGCGCAAGCUGUACUUCGGCAAAGAGACUCCCGCCCUGGCUCCCCUGACCACACAGGGCAACUUGCCUUUCCGUCGUCUCUGUGUCGACCUCGGCGCUCAGUUGACCUACUCCGAGAUGGCUCUGGGUAUGCCUCUUGUGCAGGGAGUCAAGAAUGACUGGGCGCUGAUGAAGGCGCACGAGAGCGAGAUCAGCCCGCCUAAGAUUAGCCCCGACGCCGACAUCGUCAAGGGUUACGACAACGCCCGCGACCUGAAGUUCGGUGCUCAAAUCUCUGGCAACCAGGCAUGGCACUGCGUCAAGGCAGCCGACCUCCUGAACCGCUUCGUGCCCCACCUGCGUCUCAUUGACCUCAACUGCGGCUGCCCCAUCGACAUGAUCUACAAGUCUGGCGGAGGCUCUGCCCUUCUCGAGGCUCACGGCAAGCUCGAGCGCAUGGUCCGCGGCAUGAACACCGUCUCCGGAGAGAUUCCGAUCACGGUCAAGCUCCGCACCGGCGUUAAAUCCAACCGUUCCACCGCCGCCAGCAUCAUCGGCAAGCUCGCCUUUGGUUCCCGCGAGAACCGCGAAAAGCAGGGCGCCCCCGGCUGCGCCGCCAUCACCCUCCACGGCCGCAGCAGAGAACAGCGCUACACGAAGAAGGCCGACUGGAGCUACAUCGCCGAGUGCGCCGUCAUGAUCAAGGAGUACAACCAGCAGAAGGACAAGCUCACCGACACGAUCGGGGAGGCCGACGAGUCCACCCUCCCCAACGCCAAGGACGGACGCAUGUUCUUCCUCGGAAACGGCGACUGCUACUCCCACGUCGAGUACUUUGAGCACGUCGAGAAGGCCAAGGUCGACACCGUGAUGAUCGGCCGCGGUGCCCUCGUCAAGCCUUGGCUGUUCGAGGAGAUCGAGAAGGGCCAGUACCUCGACAAGUCCGCCACGGAACGUCUCGCCUACGUCGAGAAGUUCUGCAAGUUCGGCAUGGAGGCUUGGGGCACCGACGAGCUGGGCAUCGGCUUCACCCGCCGCUUCCUGCUGGAGUGGCUCUCCUUCGCGCACCGCUACGUUCCCAUCGGUCUGCUCGAGCACCUCCCGCCCGACCUCAACGACCGCCCUCCUGCGUACUUCGGACGCAACGACCUGGAGACGCUCCUCGCCAGUAAGAACUACCGGGACUGGAUCAAGAUCAGUGAGAUGUUCCUUGGUCCCGCCCACCCCAACUUCACCUUCCAGCCCAAGCACAAGUCUCACGCCUACGAGGCCGAGGGUUAG